CGAUAUUUCCCGAGUAUCGGAGCUAUGGCAAUAGAAAGCACAACGGGCAACAAUGAUUUCGCGACGAUUUACACAAGAGACAGUCUGGCCAAUGACUCGUGUCAGGAUUAUGACAGUGCUCAGGCGAGGGUGUUUAAGAUAAUCGUUAUUGGGGAUUCAAAUGUUGGAAAGACGUGUCUAACUUACCGCUUUUGCGGUGGUAAAUUUCUCCAAAAUCCCGAGGCAACAAUCGGAGUAGAUUUUAGAGAGAGAACCCUGCACCUUGAUGGAGAAAACAUAAAGUUGCAGAUCUGGGACACGGCGGGACAGGAGCGCUUCAGGAAGAGUAUGGUGGAGCAUUACUACAGAAACGUCCAUGCCAUCAUCUUUGUGUAUGAUGUGACCAGCCUGGCUUCAUUUGAGAGUCUGCCGGAGUGGAUUGAGGAGUGCAGCCGUCACUCAGUCCCUCCCAUGGUCCCCCGCAUCCUAGUGGGGAACAAAUGUGACUUAAGAGGAGCCAGAGAGGUGUCCACGUUUUUUGCUCAGCGACUGGCUGACAGCUACAACUUCCCGCUUUUUGAGACGUCUGCAAGAGACCCUGCAGAAAAAGAGCAUGUAGAUGCCAUUUUCCUCACGCUGGCCUACAGGCUGAAGAAUCGCAAGCCGCUGAGACUGAAACAGCCAAGUGAGAGCAGCUUCUUACAGCUCGCUGGUGGACAGGAGGAGAACACACCCUGUUUAUGCUAAUGCACUUUGGCCCAUACAGUUUCAUGCAAUAAUUUAGGGUGACGUUCUGUAUUAAGACAGAAAGAGUGAUUGGGAGAUAUACAGUACAGUAUAUGUCUAUAGGAUUGCAUUUGGUGUAUGUGCAGUUUACAAAUUUCUUUGGAAGCAUAAACUGGAGCAUUUUGGGGGUUUUGUUUAGUUAAACCACAUAUUAUGCAGCAAGGGAUGCCUAUAUGUCUUAUUACUACAUGUUAUAUUAUUUAAGAGCGUUAUUAACUCUCCAGAAACAUGCUCAGUGUCAUGAAGAUCUCAUUCAGGAGAGACUGUUAUAACAUUUUCAGUCUGUAAUAACUUUGCAUGUUGUUUCAAUGUUACAAUUCCACAUAGGUUGCCGCUGUGAAACUUCUAAAGGCAAUCUUGGGCAUGUCUGAGGUAUCAGAAAUAACACAUUGGUCCUCAUUAUUGUGCACUGUGAGCUUUCUAUUAUGCUUGCGGAUACAGAAAAAUGACUAUUAUAUUUCCACUUAAUUCUCAAUUUUAUUUCUUUUGAAAGCAUAUAUUGUAUUUAAACUGAACCAGACAGACUGCAUAACUAAAGCUAUUAAUGACUCCAUCAUGAACACUAGUAGGCGCCACUGUCAAAGCAUUCAGAGCAUUAUUAUGAAACAAAGUGAGAUUAAAAACAAGGGAAAACACACUCUUUCUCAUAAUUGUGAGUACUUAUAUCCCAACCUCAAUGUGAUGCAUUUGUGAAACACAGUAAUCUGCAACAUAUUGGUGUUUUUUGUCGUCUUUUACAAGCAAAUCGAUGCAUCAAUUAGACUUCAACACAUCUCGAAGGCUUGAUUUCAAUCAUUUAUUUUUUUUAUUGACAACCCUUUUUGCAAGCAAUAGCAUUUGGAAAACAGGGACUGUAUUGCACUUUAAAUUGACAUUGUAUCAUGUCUGACGUUUGUCUCGAUUAUUCAGCAUCAUGUAUUAUUUGUUGUACUUGAGAGAAAAAUGGCAUUGUGUAAAUAGUUUGCAGUGACUGUCAGAUGUGUUUGGAAGUGAAUAUGAAAAUAAAAUG